AUAAAAGUUCUCUUUGCCGCUAAAACAUUCAUUUGUUUUGCCAUUUGAUGAAGUUCGGAAUACGAAAAAAUUAAAUUUCAUCGUUAUUAACAUAAUAUUUAAAAGAUGCCUUGUCCACUAUUAGCAGAUUCUAUUACUUUAGAAUUGGAAGCUCAGGAACCAUGGCCUCAAGAAAUUAUCUUAUAUCAACCAUAUGAAGUUGAACAAAUAUUACUACCUGAUAAUGCAAAUUGUUUAGCUGUACAAGCUUUUCUUAAAAUGUGUGGCAUUGAUUUUCAAAUAGAACCAAGGAGCAAUGCAGAAUAUAUGUCCCCAUCUGGUCGUGUACCAUUUAUUAAAUGUGGAGCAUUUUUAAUACCUGAAUUUGAUAAUAUUGUGUCAUUCAUAGGAAAUAAAGGCACAAGUUUAUCUGAUCAUUUAACUGCAAAUUGCAAAGCUGAUAUGAGAGCUUAUAUGUCAUUAGUAAAUAAUGUUUUUGUAAAUGCUGAAUUAUAUAUUUGUUGGGUUGAUGAAUUGACUUUAAAUGAAGUAACAAAAGUAAGACAUGGAAGUGUAUAUCCAUGGCCAUUAAAUCAUUUUUUAAAUUGGCAAAAAAGAAAAGAAGUUAUAAAAAAACUCAAUGUACUUGGAUGGUACAAUAAAACUAUAGAAGAAGUAUGUGAAGAAGUCAAAAAUUGUUGUACAGCAUUGUCUGAAAGAUUGGAGGGUAGUGAUUACUUCUCUGGAGAUAAGACACCUAAUGAAUUGGAUGCCUUAGUUUUUGGACAUAUUUUUACAAUAAUUACAACACCAUUACCUGGUAAUAAACUAGCAAAUAUUGUCCAGAGUUAUCCACUGCUUGUACAUCUCUGCAAACGCAUUGAAACUAGCAUUUUUUCUCCUCAAGCGAUAGGAAUGAAAUAAAAUAACAAAAUGUUGGAGGCGAGAAUUAAGUAACACGACUUUGGAGAUUUUCAUAUGUAUGUUCUUGGAAAACGACAGGAUUGCAUAACCGAUAAAAGGUAUUCGUAAAUUAGACGUUUUAUAAAUUUUGUUUUUUUUAUUUGUCAAAUAUUGUUGAAAACGAUUAUGUUUAAUGAUCAUUGUUUAUUUUUUCUGCGAUAAUUAUUUUCAAUGUACUUGUUAUCAACAUUUAUUUUUAAUUUAAUUAAACUAUUUAAAAGAAUUAUGUACAAUAACAACUGUU